UACCAUGAAAACCAACCAUUAUACCUUUCGUCCAAAGUCCACUUUAAUAUUCAUUCAUUGAUGAGCAUUAGAAAUUGACUGGCCAAAUACAAUCAAUAUAAUACAAUAUAAUCAUUUUUGCUUAUUCGAUGGAGCUUUGAAUUUAAACUUGGAACCUGCUGCGUUAACUUGUCAGACAAAUUUCCUUACGUUUGCCUAAAUGCUAUGGUAUCGCGAAAGAUUGCUUAGCAUUUUCGCCUAGAAGUGGCCCGUCAGUUUGACCCCGUCAUCUAUCAGAAUAUUUUUUGAUGAUGUCGAAUCUUCUUUUCUUAUAUGGCACAGUCAAGUCUGGUCAGCCAAAUCAUUCUGCUAUCCCAGUAGACGGUCCAGGACUGUGUAAAUGUCUGGGCACGGGACGGACCGAAACAAAAUGGCCGUUAGUGAUCGCAACAAAAUACAACCUUCCCUUUCUGUUGGACUGCGAAGGAGAAGGAUACAACGUCCAAGGUGAGGUGUACGAAAUAGAUGACGAUAUCCUCGCUGACAUCGACAAAAAGGAAGAUCAAUAUGAUCGUCGGAAGGUCAAGAUCGUCAUGGACAAAAUGGCCGAUGGCUCUGAGCCGACGACCUUGGAAUGCUGGUUCUACUUGUUACCAAGAUUCAGGCAAUCCCUACUGACACUUGAGAAACACGAGAAUUACGACAGCUAUGGCGCCCACGGCCAGCAGUACAUCCAGAUGUACGAUCUCGAGAACAGUAGAUGGUUAGAACCCAUGGAAACAGUAAAUAAAGAAUUUGCCCAACUAAAAAGGGAAGAAGAAGAACUCACCUAAUAACAGUGGACUCACUAUUGAUUAGUCGUUCUCGGCAGUAUGAAUUUAUAAACGGAUAUGUUAGGAUCUGUCAGGCGGGAAAUUAAAAUCUUUAAAGAAUGUGUCAUGUACAGUCAAGUCCACUGACAGAUUAACUGCUUUGUCAAAUAAUCUUCUAGUCGGGUCAAUGGAAAACCAAAAGUACCUCUUCCCCAAGAAUAUUGCAAAAAAAAAAAUCAACGGUUUAUUGUACUUUUUUGAGGUUAAUUACGUAAUAAAAUAUAUCGAAAUCCACAUCCGGAAAGCGGUUAUUUUCAAGAUGGCGUCCAAGAUGGCCGCUAUUCACUGAGAAUAGACAUAGCUCACUCAUCAUCCACCCUUUACAUCCUGUUUUGAUGCUUAUUCCACCGUAUGGAGGGGGGGGGGGUAAAGAUCCGUUGAUUCAGGUUAGAGUGAACAUAAGCAGUCAAGUGUUCUUGAUGUCGUCCAAAAUGGCUGCCUAAAAAUCCUAAGUUCAUCUUUUACUUACUCUAGUGUCUUUAAUUUGGUUUCUGUGCAAUGGCUCUAAGGGUCACGAAGUACAUUAGGGCAAGUUACAAGGACAGUAAGUGGUCUGGUAUGUCCAGAAUUCCAAAUGGCUUCCAAAAUAGUGAAUAAAAUGGCUGCUGCAACUGACAUAGUUCAUAUCAUAUCCGCAUUGGAGAUAUAAUUUUGUGUUGAUAUGAUGGUUUCAACUUCCAUGUAAUACAUUGGGACAAUUUAUAAGGGCAGUCAAUGGUCUAGUAUCUCCAAAAAUCACAGAUGGCUUAAAAAAUGGAGUCUAAAACACGCAAAAUGACUGGUUAAAAAUAGUCAUAGUUCAUACAACAUCCGCGGCUUAACUCCAUGUAAA